AUGUUAACCACACAGGAGUACGCACUCAUGGACGUCAACUUCAUGGGCCGGGUUCCCGCCUCAAACACGCAAGGCGAAGCUGCAACAUUGCCACUGAAUGCGCUCACCAUGUACAUUGCGCUCUUUCAUUUAUCUAUACACGCUUUCCCUUCCCCGUUGACGCCCGAGGGAAAAUCGUUCGACUACAAGAACACACCUCUUGCCAUUAUUGGAGCUGGUUCAAACUGCGGCCAAUUUACGAUUCAGCUUGCAAGAUGGGCUGGGUUUGGCACUAUUAUCGCAAUCGCUGGAAAGACCAAGGCUGAUCAUCUCCGGGAGCUUGGUGCCACUCACUUAAUCGACAGGACACUGAGUGACGACGAGAUUGAAGCUGAGGUGCGAAACAACGUGGGAGAUGAUCUCUUGCAUGUGUGCACUGCCGUCUUGGCAAAGGAUCAAACACUCGGAGCUCGCAUUCUGUCAAACAACAAGAGGGGAACGCUGGUGACCGUGACUCAAGGCGAGGUUGAUGAGACCAAGUUGAACAAGAAGGCCGGAUACGAGCUGCGUCGUUUUCUCUGCCACCCUCAUGCGGCAGAUCGACGUGAACUGUCGGCAACCCUUUGGAAGGCUUUCCCGGGGCUCAUUGAGCAGGGGAUCUUGAGACCGACUCCCUAUGCGGUUAUCAAGGGCUUGGAUGCGGCCAAGGUCAAUGAGGUCCUGGACAACUACCGGGACAGUAAGAGCUCAACUAGGCCAAAUAUCCACAUUAGCAACGCCUAG